AUGCAUACCCCCAGCCUCAGCUCCCUGCUCCAGCUCGGCCUCGUCCUCGCCGCCUCGUCGGGCGCCGAGGCGCGGCCGCCGCGGCGCUGCAACGACGUCGACAUCGUCGCGGGCCAGCACGUCGUCUACUCGUGGCCGGGCGCCGCGCCGCCGCAGGAGCUGCUCGACCUGACGCGGCAGGGCCUCGUCGGCGGCGUCAUCCUCUUCGGCGAGAACAUGAACGCCAACACGACGGCCAACGUCAAGCUCCUCAAGGAGGCGUACGACGCGAGCCCGGCGCCCGGCCUGCUGCGCAAGCUCACGGGCAAGCGCGCCAACUUCUUCGUCUCGACGGACCAGGAGGGCGGCUACGUGCGGCGCAUCGUCGGCGCCGAGCCCGUCCUCUCGGCCAAGCAGAUGGGCCUGUCGGCCGACCCGGCCGCCACGGGCAAGGCCGCGGGCGAGGGCGCCGCCGCCGUGCUCAAGCAGUGGCAGCACAACGUCAACCUCGCGCCCGUGCUCGACAUCUGGCGCGAGGCCGGCGACUUCAUCGACGCCAAGGAGCGCUCCUUUGGCAACACGUCGGCCCAGGUCGUCCGCGCCGCCGUGCCCUUCCUCGAGGCCCAGCAGCGCGCGGGCGUCGCCGGCUCGGCCAAGCACUUCCCCGGCCUGGGCGCCGCCGUCGCCGGCUCCAACACGGACCUGCAGCCCGUGACGCUGACGCAGUCGCUGCGCGAGCUGCGCGACGUCGACAUGAAGCCCUACGAGAGCGCCAUCGCCGCCGGCAUCGACAUGGUCAUGACCUCGUGGGCCAUCUACCCGGCCCUCGACAGCAAGUACCCCUCGGGCCUGAGCCGCAAGUGGGUGCAGGGCGAGCUGCGCGACCGCCUGCGCUUCAAGGGCGUCACCAUCACCGACGCCAUGGAGGCCGGCGCCAUCCUGCCCUUUGGCGACGUCUCCCAGACGGGGCCCCUCGCCAAGAAGGCCGGCAUGGACCUUCUUCUCGCCAGCGCCCGCAACGUCACCCAGGGGGAGGUCAUCCGCAAGGCCAUCGUCCAGGGCCUCAAGAGCGGCUUCCUCGACCACAAGGAGUUUGACGCCGCCACGAAGCGCAUUGCCACGAUGCGGAGCAAGAUUGCGGCCUAG